UUUCUGUGAGUGAGACGCGAUGAUGGAGCAGAGCUGGAGCUCUUUCUUAUUCCAGCAGGCUAAUGAAGCCCUUCACCACCAGCACCAGGUGGCCCCGAACAGCCUGCUGCCGCUGCUGAACUCUGAGCCGCAGGACCAGAAGCCUGUGAUGCCCAUUCCUCUGGACCACAAGCCCCCCGUCAGCGCCGCCGAGCUCCUCAAGGACAACGUCGCCAGUGGGACGGGGGGAGAAGGGGGUGGCAGUGCCGGAGGAGGUGGUCCAAUGCCCGUGGUCAAGAAAGAGCACAAAAGCAAGACGCCGUUCAUCUGCGGCUACUGCAACAAGGCCUUCCGUGACAGCUACCAUCUCCGCCGGCACGAGUCCUGCCACACUGGCAUCAAAAUGGUGUCCAGACCCAAAAAGACGGCACAAGCGGCACCCACCAUGGUCCCGCUCAUCUCCACCAUGCCCCGCGAGACCACGGGCGACCCUGCUUACAUCUCAACCGUCGCCGGCAUCCUUUCCACGCCAACCACUUCCACGUCCUCCGCCUCUACUAUUAUGUCCCCGACGUCCAUGUCCAACGUCACCCAACACAGUGCUCCAAAAAAGCCACCCAAGCCCGUAAAGAAGAACCACGGCUGUGAAAUGUGCGGGAAAGCCUUCCGGGACGUUUACCAUCUGAACCGGCACAAGCUGUCACACUCGGACGAAAAACCCUUCGAGUGUCCUAUAUGCCAACAGCGCUUUAAGAGGAAAGAUCGCAUGACGUACCACGUGCGCUCACACGACGGUGGCGUCCACAAACCCUACGUCUGUUCUGUGUGCGGAAAGGGGUUCUCGCGACCUGACCAUCUCAGCUGCCAUGUGAAGCACGUUCAUUCCUCGGAAAGACCUUUCAAAUGCCAAGUAACGGCCUGUACAUCAGCCUUUGCCACCAAAGACAGACUUCGGUCGCAUAUGAUUCGGCACGAAGGGAAAGUCACUUGUAACGUCUGCGGAAAGAUGCUGAGCGCCGCCUACAUCACCAGCCACUUAAAAACCCAUGGCCAGAGCAACUUCAACAACGCCUGUAACAAAGGAGAUUGGCAGUGGAACCACUCAGGGCUACGAAAAGACAACAAUGAAGUCUGCAACUCUGCCUCCACUACACCGGUCUCUGCCCCAGCCCCAAUCACCACUGUAAUGAACCGCUGCAAUACCAGCAACCCUGUUACAAUAGCAGCUCAGAUGAACAUCUCUACCAACACGGUCAACAUCACGUCUCCCGUCAGCCUGCAGCACCCGGUUACCAUCACUGGCCCUGUGAACAUCGCAUCCGUCAACAUCCCCGCCACAGCACCCAUGAACAUCGCCCAUCCGGUGGCCAUCACCACGCCCAUGCCCAUGAACAUCGCCGGCCCGCUCAACAUCGCCAUGAGACCUAUGGACACUAUGCCCUUCCUGUCCCAAGUCUUGCCAUCUUCUCCCUGGUAGGACCGGUGGGGCGCUGACCAGCAUAUUUGCCCUGACUGCUGUGCUUCUGACAUCCGAGUUGCGCGAACAAACCCAUCGCGUGGCUAAAUUGCAACACUAGCAGAAGAUUUGCACGGAUUUCCAACUCUCUCUGGCCUUCGAGUCUGUUUGCGUUUUGCGCACCUGGUGAGCAGCUCUGUAGCGGGGCAUUUCUCAAGCUCCUCUGAGCACUUCAAACCCCGACGAUGGACAUUUUAAGGACAAAUGCAAUAAUUAAUGUGCAUUUCGAGCUUUUUUUUUUUUUUUUAAUAAUAGCAGAGUGCCGGUGGGUUCUUCAAUGAUGUUGAAGUGUAACCUGCUAAUCAGUAUUUAAGGAAAUUCAUUUGAAAUGGACUGUUGCUUCCAUUGUGAGGGAGGAUCUUUAAAAUAUCUUUUGCAUUAUUUAGAUUUUGCGCAGGGGUGUGAAUGUUUGCGUGUUUUUUUUAGUUAGUUUUUUGCGUGUAUGUGUGAAGACUGAAGAGGUACCAUAGAGAACCUUUUUUUUUUUUUUUUUUUUUUUUUUUAAUUAAUGGUGUUCGUCAUGACACUGUUUACUACUUGUCAGUUUUUACGAGGGGAGGGCAGCUUAGUUUUUUUUAUUGUUUACAUGGCCAUUAUUAGUUGUCGCAUGUUUUUUUUUUGCUUACAGAGGAAAGCUUUUGGAGAAAGGAAUGAGAGUCUUGCACUGAAAGCAUAUCCCAAGUCUAAAGAGGCAGUAUUAUCUUCAUAUGAAUAUCAAGGUGUGUCCUAAAUGGUGCACUUGAUGUCAUUACUACUAUCCCAUGGCCUUUGUUUGUGCAGAUCUACAAAGUUCAUGAGUAUCCCAUUUGUCAUUUUAUUAUAGAGAAAGGUGCUCAAGAGCGCCCCCUUUGCACAGUGGUGCGGACUUCACAGCAGACUAAUACUCUACAGUCUGUGCAGCAUUUCUUCACCAAAGUGUGGACCGUAAGGGCCAAGUGUGUCAUUUAGGACGGGGUUUAUGAGCUGAAGGUAACCACCUCAUUUAUAACAGCGCCAUCAGUUGAUUGGAGUACCGCGCUGAUGCCCUUUAAAGUUUUCAUUUGGACUUUUGCCUGUUAAAAGUAUUUUAUAAUCUUGUUUUUUGUAUUUUUAUAUGAUGUUUUCAAGAUCCCUGUUCUGAAAACAUGUUCUACAAAGGAAAUGGGCUGAGAAUAGGAAAUGAACAUGAAUAAUUCCAGGAAAGUGCUAUGGAAUUAUUCACGUUUGUAAAUAUUUCCCUUUGAUUUUUGGGGAUUUUGUUUUUGUUUAAAAAAAAAAUUUUAUGUUUUUUUUUUAUGUUUCUUCUGUACGUUUUCUGUUUUGUUUUAGAUUUUCUUUGUUUUAGGCUGAUUUUGUUUUAAGGUUUUUUUGGUUUUUUUUUAUUGUUUUCUCUAGUUUUUUGUUUUGUUUUAGUUUGUUUUGUUUUUUUUGUUAAUUUAAUGUUUUUUUUUGUUGUUUUAUGUGUUAUUUCAACAGCAGCACCAUCCUGCUCAUUUUAUUUGGCUCCAGUAGUUUGGACUCGGUAGAUGAUAGUAUUUUACUGUAGCUAAAGCCCAGAAGCACCAUUUAACAUAAAAGCACGUCUUCAGUCUGAAAUAAUGGAGAAUGCUGACUGGCUCUGGAAAUUUCUACACUGCUUGCUGGUCUGUGUGGAGUUUAAUCAUUUUGUGUUAAUAAAACACAACAGUAUAAGUAGGAAGAGUGAGCCGUCACUCGCUACACAGAUCUGCCACCAAUGUGAGAAAAUGUAGGUACAUUAUUUCGGCCACUUCCUCUACAUGCUUCCUGUGCAUGGAGCAGAUGCCAGAGAGGAGACUGCUGUAGUGAAAACACUAAUUAUUUGACUUGUAUGCAAUUUUUUGUGGGUAGUUUUCCCACCACAGCCUGUGAUGUGACGAUCUGGAGUGUCUAAAUGGAUGCCGUCCACCCCAGCACUGAGUCUCAGGAAGGGGAAGCUUUUUCCUGAUCAGACACAAUGAAUCGCUGAUCCGUGUGUGUUUGUGUGCUUGUGUGAGGCGUUUGAUUCUCUCCCGUCACACUAGAACAAACAAAAGCAUGUUUCCAUAGUUUAGUUUGUGGGAGAGUGAGAAUGCACGUUUAUGCAUUUCAUGGUAGAUGCAUUACAAUUGCCUCUUUUAUUUGCCAAAUUGAAACCAAUUAUGAAAUCCAAUGAAGUGAACAUUUUCGAAUUGAGUCUAAUGUUGUUGUUUUGAUUCAGUUGAUGAACUGGAUGAUUUUCGGAGCCCCUGUGAAAGCGGUUGAAUGUAUAUGUUUGUACAGAAGUGUUUAGCUCAGAAGAUCUUAGAGUACAGAUAGACAAUGUGAGCAAAGAAAAGCAAAAUAACCUUUUAUAAAACUUUUGUAUUAGUACAUUAACAAUGGUAAUUUUGUAUAUAUGAAGACUAGGCUUUCUGAGUAGCAGAAAGAAAAACAUUCCUACAUUUUUUUUAAAUGUAAGUUUGUCAGAAAUAAUUAUGUAAACAUGCGCAAUGUUUAUGUGCCUUUUAUUUGGGUUGUCUAAAUAAAAAAAAAAAAACCUGUAAAA